GGUAUAUAUAGAUUUCUUCCUAUAUUUUUUAUUCUCGGAGCAUCUUUAGAAUUUUCAAUGAUAAAUUGGCAAGUAGGAGAAAUAAAUUUUUAUAAAACCUUCAAAAAAAGGCAGGCUAAAAAUUUUGUUGAAAGUAUUCAUGAACAAAAUUCCUAAAAAAUGCCGGUAGGAGUAUCUUGGAGAACAUACUUAACUUUUGUGACAGCAGCCAUGUUAUCAAUGCUUGCAGGCUCUCAAGCAGUACACAUGUACUAUAAACCUCUGAACGACUUGGAUAAAUAUAUAGAAGAAGAGAUGAAGUUACAAAAAAAAGAAGGUACAAUGUGAUAUAUAAUUUUUAUUAAUAUGUAAAAAACUAAAAAUUACAUAUAAAUUGCUAUGUAGGUGUACAUGUUCUUCUAGAUAUUGUAAUAGUCCAUAUUAGAAAAUAAAAUUAUAUAAAAUGGA